UAGCCACAGUCGAAAUUGACUUGACAGUUGACACUUGACACCUUUUCUUUUCUCUUGGACGAAUACCUUGUUCCAAGUGGCAAAUGCCUGAAGAACGUUCCUUUGGAUUCAUUAAACGAUGUUUGCCAAUGUCAAAGUUGAACCGAAACAAGAGCAAGAAACUAAGGAAUUUGUUGACGAGGUUUGCCCUAGCGAUGCAACGGUAAAGCAAGAAACGUACUCGUUGUCGAUUGGUGCGGACUGGGAAGAUAAAAAGGAAUUCGUGCAGGAAGAUGUCGAUGCUAAGGAAAUAUCGACAGACUUUGAAACAAGCGAGACUAAAUGUGCCCAGUGUGAUUACACAACGGAUGUUAAUUCUGAUUUGGACUUGCAUCUAUUGGCACACAAAAUAUCGACCGUUUUAAAAUGUGUGCUGUGCGAUUUUGCAACAGACAAUGACACUGAUUUCAACAUCCACGUGUUAUCGCACAAAGUUUCAAAGGACUUCAAAUGUACCCAAUGUGAUUACGCAACCAGUAACGGUUAUCAUUUAAAAACACACCUGCUGACACACGAAGCCGUCACAAAUUUUAAAUGUGCUCUAUGUCAUUACGCAACCUGUAAUAAAAGGUGUUUUUCAAUACAUCUGUUAACGCAUAAAACCACCAAGGAUUUAAAAUGUGCCCAUUGUAGUUAUGCGACAAAUAUUAAAGCCGACUUGAGAAAACAUCUCCGAGUACACAAGACUUUUAAGGAUUUCAAGUGUACGCAGUGUGAGUACACUUCCAAUAUUAAAUCCAACUUCAAAACGCAUAUGUUAAAGCAUACAGCGUCUCAGCAUUUAAAAUGUGCACACUGUAAUUAUGCAACCAAUAAUAAGACCAAUUAUAAAUCGCAUCUGUUAACCCACAAGAUUUCCAAGGAUCUGAAAUGUAACCAGUGUGGUUAUGCAACCAAUAACAAGUACCAUUUCAAAACUCAUGUGGUAGCUCAUACGGCUUCCAAAGAUCUGAAAUGCGCACAGUGUGGAUACGCAACGAGUAAUAAAUCAUGUUUUAAAACACAUCUGCUGACACAUAGGACUUUCAAGGCUUUAAAAUGUGCCCACUGCGAUCAUGCAACGAACAUUAAAGGCGAUCUCAAAAAACAUCUUUUAAUACACAAAACUUCCAAGGAUUUCAAAUGUGCACAGUGCGGAUAUACAACGAAUAAUAAAUCCUACUUUAAAUCACAUCUGUUAUCGCACACAAAUUAUAAGGGCUUGGAAUGCGACCAUUGCAAUUACGCGACCAACAAUCGAUCCAAUUUCAGAGCGCACCAGCUGACGCAUCAGACGUCCAAGGAUUUGAAAUGUGACCUGUGCGAUUACGCGACCAAUUCGAAAUCCUACAUUAAAAUUCAUAAGUUAACGCACAAGAGCGUGAAGGAACUGAAAUGUGUCCAAUGCGAUUAUGCAACAAAUAUCAAACGCGACCUCAAUCGACAUCUCUUAGUGCAUAAGGCCUCGAAGGAUUUAAAGUGCCAUCAGUGCUGGUACGCGACCAAUAACAAGUACAAUUUGAGAAUGCAUCUUUUAACGCACACGACCUCCAAGGAUUUCAAAUGUGAACUGUGCGAUUACACGGCGAAGACCAAAUACGCGAUCAAACGACAUCUCCCGACACACAGAGAAUUGUACGUAUAAUUGCUCAUCAGCGAACUGGAUGUUGUUGAGUGUGACACUGCCAUUCUCAUUUGAAGCCCGAACGAGGGUGUUCGUACCUAUUUGGUGUAGAAGUAAUUUUUUGAGUGUUAUACUAGAAUUAUCGACACCUAAUCUACUCCUAUUUAUUAUUAGUCAUAAGCAAUUAGUGUGUAAUCUAUAGGCAACAAGUUUUUCCUUUUCACCCUUCCAGUAGAAAUGGCGUUGAGGCAAUGGUAAUUGGGUAUAUGCAUAUUUUUUGUUCUCAUGAUGCUUUAACAUAAAAUGCCUGUCUGCUGUUUUAAUUGUGGGUGAUCUAGAUUAGAACAAAAUAGAGUAAAGUGUAGUAUGUACCUGCUGUUUUUGUGAUCUCAUAUUUUAGUGUCGAAAACUCGCCAAUGAAAUUUUUUGUUUAUUAUACCUGAAUCGCAAUAUCCGUUUUGAACACUCAAAUGACUGCGAGGUCGGACCUUUGAGACGCUAGGGCUUUAAUUCAUUCAUCCAUUUCCAAAGACUUUCCAUAUUCUUUGCUUUACUGGAGUUUGUAGGUAGCGACUUUUCUUCUGCUUCUGCAACAUACCACUAAAUUUUCAAUUAAAUUCAUUUUAACUUAAUCACAAAUGUAUUCGAGUAGAAAGUCGAUAAGAUCUUAUUUUAUUUCUCUUAUAUUUAAAUUAUAUUGCAGGUAUAAUAAAAAAUCCUAUAAGAAACUCGUGCAUAACUGGUCUUUAAAGCGCUUCAAAAUUUCCAUACACAAACCACACCAAGAAUUUGGUUUUGUGGUUUUGAAGGUAUAAAAAAACACUGUAGUAGGCAUUUUGUUGAAAUAAGUUGACCUGCACAAACUUACCAAUAUUGGAAAUUUUUUUAAGCCCAGGAGUAUAAAACGGGUGGUCUCGGACCACCCUGUGUAAUUGACAAACAGGUAUGAUUUUAUUAUUUAGGAAUAAAACACGCAAUUGAAUAAAAUUUUUAUAAAUAUA